AUGAAAAAAGGUGCACAAGCAAAUCCAUUUGAUGCCAAAUUUCUGGCCACCAUGAUGUCUGACAUGGGUCCGGCUCGAUACUACAAAAUAAAUGAAAUUGAUAAGACCAAGUAUGAGCAACUACCCUUUUCCAUUCGUGUAUUGCUUGAGUCUGCGGUGAGGAACUGCAAUGAAUUCGAUGUUACAUCCAAAUCAAUCGACCAUAUCCUUGACUGGAAGACAAACUGCACCAAGAACAUUGAGAUUCCUUUUAAACCAGCACGAGUGGUGCUUCAGGAUUUCACUGGUGUGCCUUGUAUUGUUGAUCUGGCUUCGAUGCGAGAUGCUAUGAAAAAACUGGGCGCCGAUCCAAAAAUUAUCAAUCCACAGAUCCCUGUGAACCUUGUUGUGGAUCAUUCUGUUCAAGUGGACGUUGCUGGUACUGAUAAUGCUGUGUUAUUCAAUCAAGAUAUGGAGAUGAAACGUAAUCGUGAGCGUUUUGAGUUCCUCAAGUGGGGUUCCAAUGCUUUUGAUAACCUGCUGAUCGUUCCCCCAGGUUCAGGAAUUGUACACCAAGUUAAUCUCGAAUAUCUGGCGCAGGUGGUUUUCAAUAAUAAUAAUAUGCUAUACCCAGAUUCUGUCGUUGGUACAGAUUCUCAUACAACCAUGGUCAACGGACUCGGUGUCGUGGGCUGGGGUGUUGGUGGGAUCGAGGCUGAGGCUGGCAUGCUGGGGCAGUGCUUGUCCAUGGUUCUGCCCCAGGUCGUCGGCUAUAAGUUCACAGGGAAGUUGCGGGAUGGGUGUACAGCUACAGAUCUUGUUCUUACCGUCGUGAAGAAUUUACGCAAGCUCGGUGUGGUGAGCAAGUUUGUUGAGUUUUACGGUCCCGGGGUGGAUAGUCUUUCACUGGCCGAUCGUGCAACUCUGGGAAACAUGGCCCCGGAAUAUGGCGCCACAAUCGGCUACAUUCCUAUUGACUAUGAGACAAUCUCCUACCUCAAGACCACGAAUCGUACACUUGAGCACAUUACUCGGAUUGAGAAUUACACUAAGGCGGUCGGCCUUUUCCGAACAGGUACCGAAAAUAUUACCUAUUCACAGAAUCUGGAGUUAGACUUAUCAACAGUUGUGCCGUGUUUGGCUGGUCCUAAACGACCUCAUGACAACGUUUCCUUGUCCGACAUGCCAAAAGACUUCAGAGCGUGCUUAUCUGCUAAAAGCGGGUUUAAGGGCUUUGGCAUCCCUGCGGAGGAGCGAGAUAAAAAAGUGACCUACACUUUGGAUGGUAAAGAGGCAACGAUGCAGCAUGGUAGCGUUGUAAUAGCAGCUAUCACUUCAUGUACCAACACUUCGAAUCCGAGCGUACUCAUUGCGGCUGGUCUUGUCGCCAGGAAAGCAAAUGAAAAGGGCCUUAAGGUGCCGCACGGCAUCAAGACCUCACUCUCGCCAGGUUCUCACGUUGUGUCGAAGUAUUUGGAAGCGUCUGGUCUACAGAAUCAUCUUGAUCACCUUGGGUUUCAUACCACUGGCUAUGGUUGUAUGACUUGCAUCGGUAACUCUGGAGAAAUUCCCACAGAUGUAAUGGACUGCAUUAAGGACAACAACUUUGUUGCAGCCGCCGUGUUGUCAGGGAAUCGUAACUUUGAGGCCCGCAUACAUCCCCUGACAGCUGCUAAUUACCUUGCCUCACCACCUCUGGUUGUAGCCUAUGCACUCGCUGGACGUGUGGAUAUCGAUUUCGAAAAUGAGCCUAUUGCAGACGGUGUGUAUCUGCGUGAUAUUUGGCCCCGAAAUGAGGAAAUCUAUGAGAUUCUGAAUCAAUGCGUAACCCCAGCUCUCUUUAAGAGUGUCUAUGAGAACAUUACGACGAUAAACGAGUCUUGGAAUCAGCUUCAGGUGGAAAAGGGCGAGUUUUACAAUUGGGAUCCUAACUCUACCUAUAUUCACAACCCGCCAUACUUUGAAGGGAUGACCAGAGAGCCACCGGGCAUCAAGCCUAUUAAGCAAGCAGCUUGUCUAGCUCUUUUUGGCGACUCGAUCACCACUGACCACAUAUCCCCUGCAGGCAACAUUGCUAAGGACUCUCCGGCCGCGAAGUUUCUUAUGGAGCGUGGGGUUGAGCGUAGGGACUUCAAUACCUAUGGUGCUCGCCGAGGCAACGAUGAGGUUAUGAUGCGUGGUACCUUUGCCAACACCCGUAUAGGCAACAAGCUUGUGGGGGAAGGCCAAACCGGUCCGUACACAAUAUACCAUCCAACGGGGGAAAAGAUGUUCAUCUUUGAUGCAGCGAUGAAAUACAGCGCUGAGGGUGUUGGCACCGUCAUUUUGGCCGGCAAAGAGUAUGGCAGUGGCUCAUCUCGUGACUGGGCAGCCAAGGGACCUUUUCUGCAGGGUGUAAAAGCUGUCAUAACUGAGAGUUUUGAGCGUAUUCAUCGCUCCAAUUUAGUGGGAAUGGGUAUCAUCCCCUUACAAUUCAAGCCAGGUGAAAACGUACAGUCUUUGGGUUUGACUGGGAAGGAAAGGUUCGACAUUGAACUUCCCAAGGACCUGAAGCCUCUGCAGGAUAUUGCUGUUUAUUACGAUGACGGCAAGAGUUUUCAAGCUAUUGUGCGCAUUGACACUGAAGUGGAGGUGCAUUACAUAAAACAUGGGGGCAUCCUAAAUUAUGUUUUACGUAGUAAGAUUUAG